AUCCUAGGGGCUUUGAGCACUGAAACAACAAUAGAAAAAACGGAGGAGAGAAAUUGAAAAAAAGUAAAAAUAAAAGAAAGAGAUAGAGAGAUGGAGGAAGGAAGCCAUGGAAGGGGAUGGAAAAAGGGAGGGAUCGUCACUAUGCCCUUCAUUUUCUCAAAUGAGGUGUGCGAUAAAUUGGCAGUGGUCGGUUUCAACGCGAACAUGAUAAGCUACUUGACGGGCCAACUCCACAUGCCGUUGACGAAAGCAGCCAACACCCUCACCAACUUCGGUGGCACCGCCAGCCUCACGCCGCUGAUCGGCGCUUUCUUCGCUGACGCCUAUGCCGGGCGCUUUUGGACCAUCACCAUCGCCUCCAUUAUCUAUGUAGUUGGAAUGACCCUUUUGACCCUAUCCGCCGUACUCCCCCAGUUGAGGCCACCCCCAUGCUCGGACAACCAAAAGUGCCAAGAAGCCAGCGCCGGCCAGCUCGGCGUCCUCUACACAGCCCUCCUGCUUGGAGCCCUCGGGUCCGGUGGGAUCCGCCCUUGCGUGGUUGCCUUCGGGGCGGACCAAUUCGACGUAAAUGACCCAAAACAAUCUACGAAGACGUGGAAGUACUUCAAUUGGUACUACUUUGUGAUGGGGGUGUCUAUGCUGCUGGCAGUGACGGUGCUCGUUUAUAUUCAAGACAACAUCGGAUGGGGCUGGGGUCUUGGGAUCCCGACCAUCAUGAUGUUCCUCUCGGUCAUCACCUUAAUUGGUGGGUAUCGACUGUACCGGAUGAUGGAUCCGUCGGGCAGCCCGUUCACCCGUUUGUUGCAGGUUUGCGUGGCUUCAUUCAAGAAGAGGAGGUUAGCGAUGGUAACGGAUUCGAUAUUGUUAUACGAGAAUGAAGAGCUCGACGCCUCAAUUUCGCUCGAUGGGAGGCUUGUUCACACCAAUCAUGUCAAGUUCCUCGACAAAGCGGCCAUCGUUGCUCCGGAGGACGAUGUGAAGUCGCCCAACUUAUGGAGGCUGAACACGGUCCAUCGAGUGGAAGAGCUCAAGACGGUGAUCCGGAUGGGCCCGAUAUGGGCCUCCGGCAUCCUCCUCUACACCGCCUACGCGCAGCAGAGCACUUUCUCCCUCCAGCAGGCCAAGACCGUGGACCGCCACCUCGGCCCCCACUUCCAGAUCCCCGCGGCCUCCAUGUCGGUCUUCACGAUGACCUUCAUGCUCAUCACCAUAGCCGCCUACGACCGCCUCCUCGUCCCGGUGGCCCGCCGCUUCACGGGCCUCGACCGCGGGAUCAGCUUCCUCAAGCGCAUGGGGAUCGGGUACUUCAUUUCCAUCCUGGCCACCCUCGUCGCGGGCUUUGCCGAGGUGAAGCGGAAGCGCUACGCAGCGGCCCACGGGCUGCUGGACUCGCCGCACGCCAUGAUACCCAUGUCGGUGUUCUGGCUCAUGCCCCAGUACGCGCUCCACGGGAUCGCCGAGGCCUUCAUGGCGAUUGGGCACCUCGAGUUCUUCUACGACCAAGCACCGGAGAGCAUGAGGAGCACGGCGACCGCGCUGUUCUGGACGACGAUCUCGGCCGGGAACUACUUGAGCACCUUCAUGGUCACGAUCGUGCACAAGUACAGCGCCCGGCCUGAUGGCUCCAACUGGCUUCCCGACGGCAACCUGAACCGGGGGAAGCUGGAGUACUUCUACUGGCUGCUGACCCUGUUGCAGGGCCUGAAUCUGGUGUACUACGUUUGCGUGGCCAGGUUCUACAAGUUCAAGCCGGUCCAGAUCCACAGCGUGGAGGCUGCGAAGGGCACCGGAGAUGAAGAUAAAGAUACAGCCGCCGCGGUUGAGCUUGCAAAAGUUUAGUUGAUGCUUGGUCAUGGAGGGAGGUUACCGGAAGGCGCAGUUCUUUAUCACUUACGGAUGUGACCGUAAAUACUCCUUUUAGGAUUGCAUUAGGAAGGUUAGGAGGACGAGGAAAGUCUGCCCCGCUCGCUGCGAGUCAUGAUUCUCGUAAAGACUCCGUAUAUAUAAUUAAUGUCAGUGAAUCGAGAAUAAAAGCGAGAAAAAAAAUUCAAAACGCAAGACUUUUAUUCUAGUUCA